AACCUGGGCUCCCGCCCCGCCCAUCCAGCUCUCCCGCUCGUCUGUGCCCGAGGCGGCGGCGGCGGCUGCCUAGUGACAGCGGCGGCGGCACCAGGCCAGCCGGAGCAGUGUAGGGUGGUGCGGCCCUGAAACGCAGACCCGGACAAAGGGCGGCGUGGCGCGAGGAAGACCCGACCCGGGUCGCGCGUGAGGGGACCUCGCGGGCGCGGGGCGAGAGUCCGGCGUGAGGGAGCGUCCAGGCGGUGGCCGCCGGCGGCUGGGUCCCGCCUGCCGCCGCCGGCAUGAGCCACAUCCAGAUCCCUCCCGGGCUCACAGAGCUGCUGCAGGGCUACACCGUGGAGGUGUUGCGGCAGCAGCCGCCCGACCUUGUCGACUUCGCGGUGGACUACUUCACCCGCCUACGCGAGGCCCGCUCCAGAGCCUCCACCCCGCCCGCCGCCCCUCCUUCCGGCUCCCAGGGUCUAGAGCCCGGCCCUGGCCUUGUCGCCGAUGCGAUCGCGGACAGCGAGUCGGAGGACGAAGAGGACUUGGACGUUCCAGUUCCUAACAGAUUUGAUCGGCGGCGAGUAUCAGUCUGUGCUGAGACCUAUAACCCUGAUGAGGAAGAGGAGGAUACUGAUCCAAGGGUGAUUCAUCCUAAAACUGAUCAACAGAGGUGCAGACUUCAGGAAGCUUGCAAAGAUAUUCUUCUUUUCAAAAAUCUUGAUCAGGAACAGCUUUCUCAAGUCCUCGAUGCCAUGUUUGAAAGGACAGUCAAAGUUGAUGAGCACGUCAUUGACCAAGGAGAUGAUGGGGACAACUUUUAUGUCAUUGAACGGGGAACCUAUGAUAUUUUAGUAACAAAAGAUAAUCAAACCCGCUGUGUUGGUCAGUAUGACAACCAUGGCAGUUUUGGAGAACUAGCUCUGAUGUACAACACCCCGAGAGCUGCUACCAUUGUCGCCACUUCAGAAGGCUCCCUUUGGGGACUGGACCGUGUGACGUUUAGAAGAAUCAUAGUGAAAAAUAAUGCAAAAAAGAGGAAGAUGUUUGAAUCAUUUAUUGAAUCUGUGCUGCUUCUUAAAUCACUAGAGGUGUCAGAACGAAUGAAGAUUGUGGAUGUAAUAGGAGAAAAGAUCUAUAAGGAUGGAGAGCGCAUAAUCACUCAGGGUGAAAAGGCUGAUAGUUUUUACAUUAUAGAGUCCGGCGAAGUGAGCAUCUUGAUUAAAAGCAAGACUAAAGCAAACAAGGAUGGUGGGAACCAAGAGGUCGAGAUUGCCCGCUGCCAUAAGGGGCAAUACUUUGGAGAGCUUGCACUGGUCACCAACAAACCCAGAGCUGCUUCGGCUUAUGCAGUGGGAGAUGUGAAAUGCUUAGUUAUGGAUGUACAAGCAUUUGAGAGGCUUCUGGGGCCCUGCAUGGACAUCAUGAAGAGGAACAUCUCACACUACGAGGAACAGCUGGUGAAGAUGUUCGGCUCCAGCAUGGAUCUGAUAGAUCCUGGGCAGUAGGUGUGCCACACCCCAGAGCCUUCUCAGUGUGACACCAAAACCUUCCAGUCAGCCACAGAACACAAACAGAAAAUGUGACAGAACCGUUCCUGCUGUUGCCACCACCACUGCCAUUGCUAUGGCUGUGGGCGUUUAGAAAACUUGGAAGUCAGCACUAAAGGAUGGGUAGAGGUUCAACCCACACCUCCACUUUGCUUCUGAAAGCCCAUUAUUAGACCACUUGUAAUGAUUACUCCAACCCAGUUUUCACAUCUUUGGUUCAAAAUGGCAUGUCUCUCCAAAAAUUUAAGUGCCUGAUACAAAGUCCAAAGUGUAAACAUCUUCCUUUCCUCUCUUGCUGCUACUGUUGCUUUUAGAAGUUACCACAGGUUGGCACAAACCUGUUGUAUAACUGUAGACACCCUCCCCCAACCUUUUAUAGCCUUCCGUUUCCUCAUUUGUCCUUUGAGAAAGUCCAUAACUGUAGCCUUUGGCUUUACCAUCAAAAAUGGUGGCAGAUGUGAUGGAGGUCUGUGGUCCUGUGGCAUUGUACUGUCUGCUGACAGUGGCACACAUGACAGCUGUCCCCAAACUCUCAGUGAUGCUUAGGGAGAGACCCUGCCCAGGGCCCAGCAGGUCAGCACCCCAAAGCACACUGAUCAGACAUCGGAACCCACGUUAGAGCAGAAAAUUUGAGUUUAGCACAUUUUACAGGUAGCAGAGAGCCAGGGAAGGUUUUCUGGGUUGGGGGCGGGGGUGUUUUAUUUUGUUUUAGUAGAUUUUGUUUUGUUUAAUCUCUGUGCAGUUUGCAUGAGUGAAUUGCUGUCCAUUUAUAAGGAGCUGGGGUCUGGGAGUGCCAUCACUGUAUCUGACCUAAAUACUUUCCUGGGCAACUCCUGCCCAUCUCUUAUUACCAGUUGCUCUUACUGAUGGCAGUGUGCUGGCAAAGAGAGACCUUUCCCUCUACUCCAGAGUUGUUAUGUAGCUUUGCUGUUGAACCAUCAAUUUUUAAACUCUUUAAAGAAGCAGCAGCUAUUUUUUUGGAAAAAAAAACCCAA